AUGAGGGAAGAAUUAGGACAGAGUAUCUCACUGAGAAUAGUUAUCAUCAAAAGCUAUGACUUGCAUUUGGUUCAAAGAGGUUCCACUGGCAGCUCUUCUUUGAAUCUGAGCCGCUCUUCUUCCUUGCCCGGACCAUCUGCUUUUUCUACUCAUCAAGUUCCUUCAGCUGCAAAAGAUGGGGAGGUUAAUGAGGAAGUGUCAGAACUAGUUGCUUCAGAUGAGCAUUUAGAGUGUUCCAGGAGUAGUGAGAAUAAGGGUGUGAAAGAUGAUCCUUUGGUAGAAAAUUUGCGAAAUGAUCGGAAUGGAACUUCAAGUGAUGCAAUUGCUGAGGCUGAGAAAGUGAACACUCUUGCUGCCUUGGGUUCAUGUGAUAUGAUGAAUGAUUCAGGUGAAAAAGUUGCUUCUGAAACCGAAGGUUCAAGUGGUGACCCCUCCCCAAUUGGCAGCAGAAGUUCUCAUCCUCCUCCACCUCCUGCUCCACCACCUAAACCUUCAUCAGAAAACUUAAAUUCAAGAAGAUUUGCCUCAGGAAGCCCAAAUCCUGUUCGUGCUGGAUCAUCUAGAAGAGCUGUUGCCUGGCCCAUCGUUUCUACGAGAACCUCACCAUCUGAGUCAUGGCCUUCUUCUCCUAGAUCUCAUGGUGAGAAUGAGGGUUACAAUAGUGCUGAUGAGCAAAGCCCAUGCUUUGUAUCCUCCUAUGGUGAUGCCGAAAGGGAGCGGCAAUUUGAAAUUGAUAUUAGACUAGCAAAAGGUUUAGAAGUCAAACGGAUGCUAGAAGAUGGGAACUGCCUCUUCCGAGCUGUUGCUGAUCAAGUGCAUGGGGACUUUGAAGCUUAUCAUUUGGUUCAUCAAAUGUGCAUUGAUUACAUGGAGCGAGAGAGAGAUCACUUUUCUCAGUUUAUAACAGAAGGCUUUACAUCUUAUUGUAAGAGGAAAAGAAGAGAUAAGGUGUAUGGGAGCAAUGUGGAGAUUCAAGCCUUAUCAGAAAUGUAUAACAGACCUAUUCAUAUCUACUCCUACAGCAUAGCUGAUAUCCUUGAACCUAUCAACAUAUUUCAUGGAAGCUAUCAAACUGGUUGAGGUAUUUGUUUAGAAUUUUUUUAUUUUUAAUGAUUUAUUUAAUUGAACUGAAUGAACGUGGCAUGAUUAAUUUAACCACUUAUUCAAUUUUAAAA